AUGUGUAAAGUAAGCGGGUUAAGGUUUGAAACACAAUUAAGAACGUUAAAUCAGUUUCCGGACACGUUACUAGGAGAUCCAGCUCGGAGAUUACGGUACUUUGACCCGCUUAGAAAUGAAUAUUUUUUUGACCGUAGUCGACCGAGCUUCGAUGCGAUUUUAUACUAUUAUCAAAGUGGUGGUCGACUACGGAGACCGGUCAAUGUCCCUUUAGACGUAUUUAGUGAAGAAAUAAAAUUUUAUGAAUUAGGUGAUCAAGCAAUUAAUAAAUUCAGAGAGGAUGAAGGCUUUAUUAAAGAAGAAGAAAGACCCUUACCGGAAAAUGAAAAUCAAAGAAAAGUCUGGUUACUGUUUGAGUAUCCAGAAAGUUCGCAAGCCGCCAGAGUCGUAGCCAUAAUUAGUGUAUUUGUUAUUCUGCUAUCAAUUGUUAUAUUUUGUCUAGAAACAUUACCCGAAUUUAAGCAUUACAAGGUGUUCAAUACAACAACAAAUGGCACAAAAAUCGAGGAAGAUGAGGUGCCUGAUAUUACAGAUCCUUUCUUCCUUAUAGAAACGUUAUGUAUUAUUUGGUUUACAUUUGAACUCACUGUCAGGUUCCUCGCAUGUCCGAAUAAGUUAAAUUUCUGCAGGGAUGUCAUGAAUGUUAUCGACAUAAUCGCCAUCAUUCCGUACUUUAUAACAUUGGCGACUGUUGUUGCCGAAGAGGAGGAUACGUUAAAUCUUCCAAAAGCGCCAGUUAGUCCACAGGACAAGUCAUCGAAUCAGGCUAUGUCCUUGGCAAUAUUACGAGUGAUACGAUUAGUUCGAGUAUUUCGAAUAUUUAAGUUAUCUAGGCAUUCGAAGGGUUUACAAAUUUUAGGACGAACUCUGAAAGCCUCAAUGCGGGAAUUAGGUUUACUUAUAUUUUUCUUAUUUAUAGGUAAGUUUCAGUCAAAAGACCACAACAAAUACAAACAACAAAUAAUAAAAUAUGUGAUACUCUAA